ACAAAACAAGGCAUAUAGCACUUCAUCAACAUUAAAUUACGGCGUGUUGACUGGAGUUAAUGGAUAAUGCGCGGCGUGCAAUGAUUAAUACCGGGCUGUGGUGACGCGCAGAGUGAACUUGGCAAAUAGGGGACGGUGGUUUGUAAGUUUUUCUGUGGCACGCCAGUGAAGGCUGGGGUUUGCUCAAGUUAUCGCAAACUGUGCAAGUUACACAUGGCUCGACCAAUGGCGGCGGGGCACCACGUGGGAACAGGUUCUUCAGGUUGGUUGUAGCUGCGCGAGAGUGUUGGACUAUGUUCUGACAGCCCAGAAACGGCCGUGUGCAAACCACAACCACCACUCACUCACUCUAUCGCCGUGGCAGCUAGCUAGACCCUCAGCAACACGUACAACCGACGGGGCUACAAACUUUACUUUGGCACCUGUCCCGAGCCCAGACCCGACGCCUGGCGCUCCGUGUUCCCGAGCGGACCGCAUAACUCAUACCAGGUGGAUCAGAACGCGCGACGCCCGGCUGCGCUCCCCCCGCCAGCUCCGGUUCACCCCCGGUACGCGCUACCGCCAAGGAGACUGCGAAGGGCACUGCAGGCAAACAUGGUGGACUAUCUGCGCACCAACUCCAGUUUAGAACGCGAGCAAUGGACUCUACAGCGGCUCAACUCCUUCGAGGACGUUAGCGACAGCUCGAGCUCGACUUCCUCGGUGUCGUCAGACCGGGGCAGCCCGCCCGGCAGCGGGUCGGACCUCAGCCCGAGCUCCGAGGACGGCGACGUGUUUCUCGACUACUUGUUUUCGCAGGGCCUGGCGGACGCGAUGGACCGGGCGCACGCCGAGCUCUCGUGGGACGACAUGGCAGCCGAGUACCGGUCACAGACCGAAGCCAUCGACCACCAAGCACACGUGGCGGCGGACGGUAUACCCAAAGAUCUCGUAGAUCUGUUUUUAAAGGACGAUUAUUUCGCCCCGACUGACGAGAAAGUCGGUAUUGUCAACACUAACCCGCAGUUCGUUGCGGAGCAGUACUUCGCCGAGCCCGCUCCGCCCCAGCUACUGUCAGUCCAUCCAGACGUCAAUCUUCCCGCAAUGCCGGUGGAUCUGUCGACCACAGCCGCGCAGCAGCCCCGACACGUCUCGCCCAAACCCGUGGUCAAAACCGUAGACGUCACGAAACAAGUCCUGACGCUCCCCCUAAAGCCCAACAAGCCCCCCGCGGUCCUGAUCAAGUCCGUGAAAGUUCCCGUGCCGAUCUCCCCGAAGCCCGCCGCCGUCCAGCCCAAGCGGGAGCCCGUCCCGCACCAGGCGGCGGCUCAGGUAGCUAGGGUCGGCGGUCUGCGGGCGCAACACCCGGACAUCUCGCCCGACCUCGACAACAACGACCUCCGGAUUCACAAGUGCAGCUACGCGGGAUGUUCCAAGACCUACACUAAAAGUUCUCAUCUUAAGGCUCAUUUGCGGCGUCACACCGGUGAGAAGCCGUUCGCCUGCACGUGGCCCGGGUGUCAGUGGAGGUUCUCCCGGUCGGACGAGCUGGCCCGGCACACGCGCUCCCACUCCGGAGUCAAGCCCUACCAGUGCACCAUGUGCCACAAGCGGUUCUCCCGCUCAGACCACCUCUCCAAGCACAUCAAGGUCCACGUCCAACGCCUCGCCAGGACCAACCGGAUAUGACGUCACGUCAAACGGAAGUGACGUCCUCCGCGCACAGACUGAUGGGGGCUAUGGAGGGACUGUAUACAUUUAGAAUGUAGAUGUAGAACUGCGCACUACGUUGUUAUAAGACAAUCAUGCCAUUCCUAAGGAGUGAACUUAAAGGAGAGAGCAAAGAGACUGAAACUCAGCGUCUUCCACCUUUUUUUGACCAUUGAGAACUCCUUGAAGGAAGUUGACGAGGCAGAGACUUAGUUAGGAGCCAGGACAGGUGUCCCUUCCAUUUUUGCAGGAUUGCUAAGUUGACUAGUUGCUACGGACUGGAGGGAACUGUAUGAUCGUUUGGUCAAGGACAUGUGGUCUACAGCGCACGGUCACUCAAGGUCACUCAAGAACUGUUGAACUUAGAAGGACAUCCGCCACCCCUGCUUUGAAUGGGUUCUCCCACAAGACAGACGAGGACAAAUCCUACAAUUCCUAGCGAGAGCGGUUGAUUCCAUUCCCUCAAAGUGGUGCAUCUUCCGCAGAGACGUUUGUCACCGUGUUUACAACCAACGACGCAAUCUUGAGUGCGAUUUGAAGGGACAUGAGGACCACACAUUACAUGUAUUACAUACAUGUAUAACAUACAUGCUUUACUGCCAUUAUUGCUCAAAGCUGAUUACUUGUGAUACUUGACAAGAAAUGAGAACUUAGAAAUAUGUACAUGUGCUAAAAUGCCUUCGCCCCUGAGGCGUCGCCAAAAAAAUACGAAACAUGCGAUGAUUGGGAUCAAAAUGCAUUGGUUCAAAAUGAUUGCUAUGCUUAGAACAACGUCAGGGGAAAUACGUAUACAUGUACAGGGAGACUGGAGCAGAAUAUGUUGUCAAGAAUAAUGUUGUCUGAGAGAGCUAGGGACAGAGGGCGUAUUUUGUUGGUUAACAGUAUGAUAAGGCAGAAACAAACAAAAAACAGACAAAAACAAUAGGUCAGUUAAAUACAGUGUUAAGAGAAAAAGCCAUGCACUUGUCAAUGUAGAGCCCAAAGAGUGUGUUUACACAUGACGCCAUAGCCCCCAUGUUGGUUGGUUACACAUGGUUGGUUGGUUGGUUAAACAUGUUUGCAGGUGACUGUGACCAUGGAUACAUGUUCAAAUUCGCUUGACGAACUUUCGGUGUAGCCAUCCAAAUGGCGGCCAGUACCUACGUCAUGGUCACGUGAGAGCAAACUCUCAAUAUGUACUGCGUUUAUGUCAGAAUUUGACUCUAGCAAAUGUUCUUUAAUGGGGCUGUAAGGGGUCGCCUGAUGUACCCUACCCCAUCACUCCAUUUGGGAUUUACAUGGAUAAGUGCAUGAUUCAAGGGUACAGGGGGUGGCCACUAAAUCACAAUACAUUUUAUUUUCUUUGUAAAGGAUUAUAUACUUUACUUCAGGUUGCGAAAACUGAGGCAGCUAAAACGAGUGACAUGGUUCAAAAUAGUUUAGUACAUCCUUAAGGAACAAAUGUUUAUCAAACACGAAGGAGCGUUUGUUCUCCUUUGAUAUCAAAAUGAGACAUUGUUUACCUAAUCAAAAUGAUGUGGUUUGAUAAGCAAGAAAUGUAAGAGGGGCCGAAAAAGGUCGUAUUAGUAAUGGACAGUGUUGAAAUGGAGCUUUUUAAAGGCUACAUUGUAAGGGAGGGGUAAUGUGAAUUUUUCUGAUCCCAAAUACCGAGCUAUUUUAUUUGAGUUGUACCAGAGGGACAUUAACAACUUGCCAAACGACGCAGCGAGGCCCAGAACAAACAAUUUUAAACCCAAGUACAAUAUUUUCAUGUCGACGCGUUUUAAAAACAAACAUGGUGAUUCAGUGGCCGCCCCUGCAGCCCACACAGUGUACAUGUGUAAAGUCAAAACAUAGCGUAAAUGGAAGCAAGAUGGCGGGGGUAGGAAGGGGCAAGAUUACUAUGAAGUUCGGUCAAGUUUGGUCAGGUAGUGGCACAUGCAGCUACAGCGGAGGUCAAGGGGACUGUGUUGUUUAUACACGGGCUUCUAAUCUUACCCGUCUGUAUUGUGUAGAGACGCUGGAAGCGGACGCAUGUGUUACGCAAGGUCGUCGCUACACAGACGGAUGUUGUUAUAGUUCUGUACGUCACGUUUCUGUCGUCUGAUAAGCCGCGUCAGGAUGAUAAAAGCGCGGGAAAUGGGGAGGUUUACCUAGCUACUGUGCGCGCUCGCUCUCUCGGGGCAACGUUCCAAGCUUCUAAUGCCAGACUUUUGUGUCAACAUCCCGACGUUGUAAAGAAAUUUGUAAAGUGGUUGGUAGGGCCAACAGGCGGGGAAUAAAAAGCCUUGUGUUUUGGAAA